AUGCAGCUUUCAGAGGAAUCCAAGGAGCGCAUCGGAAAGGUCAUUGACUUCUCUCGUGUCGCUAUUCAUUAUGGCUACCUUCCCCUGAUCAUCUACCUUGGAUACACCUACAGCGAGCCUCGUCCAUCUCUCAUCAGACUCUUCUCUCCUCUCGCAUAA